UGGAAUGAUUUACAAUUCGGAAGGCAGGGAGUACAUCCGAAGGAGACAAGCCCAACGCUAUAUAGCAGAGCAAGGCUCCACAGCGAAAGGCCAGCCAGCUGCCCUACCUCGGUCCCUCCCACCGCUCAGGGAACCCAUCCACCACCGGCGGUCACCGCGCACCGCACUGAAACGAAGCAAACGAACAUGGCGUCCGCCGCGCCUGCGCGCCACGUCCACAUCGAGGCCCUGCAGACGGCGCUGCCGACGCGCGCGGUGGAGCCCGGGCGUGCGCGCCCCGUGUCCGUGGCCGCAGCCGCGGCCCCGCUCCCCGCCGCCGCGCUGCAGCGCAGGGCCCGCGUGGUGCUCUACUACCGCGCGGCCGCCGACGCGCCGGCGCCGUGGAGCCAGGAGGAGGCGCUCCUGGUGAAGGAGUCGCUGAGCGAGGCCGUGGCGGACCACCCGGAGAUGGCAGGCCGGCUCCGUCGGAGCGGGUCCGGGUCCGGGUCCGGGUCCAGCUGGGAGGUGAAGCUCAACGACACGGGCGUCAGGCUCGUGCUGGCCACCGUGGAGGCCGCGGUGGACGACUUCGUCGGCGCCGGCGUGAACGAGGAGGACCGCGAGCGCUGGGAGGCCGCGCUCGCGCCGUGGACCCACGUGGACGCCGACGAUCCCGAUAUGUGCGCCCUCUGCUUCGUACAGCUGACACGGUUCCAGGGCGACGGGGGAUACGCCGUGGGCGUGAGCUGCAGCCUGAUGCUGUGCGACCCGCUGUCGCUGGCGCGGUUCCUCCUCUCCUGGGCGCGCACGCACGCGGCGCUGAAGGCGCAGAACAAGGCCGCCGCCAUCCCGAUGAUGCAGUACGCGGGCUACUUCAGCCGCCCCAACACCAUGACCCGCCGCAUCAAGUCCAUCCCGCUCGACGCCUUCGCCGUCGUCGGCGGCGGCACCGAGACCGUGCUCUUCAGAGCCUCCGGGGCGCCCGACCACCGCGCGCUCGCCAGGGCCUGCGUCGACGAGGCCAGCGACAGGCUCGGCGGCGCCGGCGCGGCCGACAAGGUGCCGCGGCGGCUCUCGCUCCUCGUCGUCGCCAGGGACGGCGUCGGGGACAACCCGAGAGGGAUGAGCGUGGAGACGUGCACCGCGGAUGGCCAGCCGGUGGCGGUCCCCGGCGGCUCUGGCAACAAGCCGGAGGUUGCGCAGUGGCAGGACCUCGGGCUGGAGGAGUUUGCGCUCAGGGAGAGCAAGCCCGUGCACGUGUCCUGCAGCAUCGUGACCGGCGGGGAGGAUGAAGGGCUCGUCGUCGUGAUGCCCGAUGGCAAAGGGUUUCUGGUCACGGUGACCAUCCCCAAAUAGACCGAGAAAUAGUUGGUCGUGAUUUCCGGUUGCUGUGGAAAACAUUUGACUUGAUUAUGAGUUGCUGAUCAUUUUAUGCGCGAAUGCAUGUAGUAAUUCUGUAUUGUAUUUCGGUGGCGAGAGUAAGGGCCUGUUUGGUUCCCUUACUAAAUUUUAGUUAGCUAAAAUUAUUUUAGCUACUCUUGUGUGACUAAUAGAACUAAACUAUUUUAGCUCCUUUUAGUCAAUAUGUUUGGAACUUUAGCUACUAAAGUGACUAAAGUUUAGCUAGCUAAAAUUUAGCAAGGGGAACCAAACAGGGCCUAAGUGAUAUUGUAUUAUUGUGUACCAUAAAGAGCGAGUGAUGCUGUAUUGUUGUCCAGAAAUAAGUUAUUUGAAGUCACUGAUAUUUUCUAAAA